CGCACACCUGCCCCUCAUAUUCUUUCAAUUACAAAAAAUUUAUAAUCACAAUGGCAGCCUCAAUUAGGGCUAACUGUCGCAAGGUCAUUUGCAUUGGCCGCAACUAUGCCGACCAUAUUACGGAGCUCAAUAACACCACGCCCAAGCAGCCCUUCUUCUUCUUGAAGCCCGCUUCGGCCAUUCUGUGUCCUGGCGAGGGCCCCGUCUUACGUCCUAAGGGAACAAACCUACACUAUGAGGUGGAAUUAGCGUUGGUGAUGGGCAAGACACUUCGGGAUCAUGACCCGAACGAUGAGAAGGGAGCUUUGGAUGCUAUUCACAGCUACCUUCUCGGCAUUGACAUGACUGCCCGUAACGUACAAGACGAAGCUAAGAAGAAGGGUCUCCCAUGGUCCAUUGCCAAGGGGUUUGACACCUUCCUGCCUGUCUCCCAAGAAAUCGCCAAGUCGCGAAUCCCCAACCCUCACGAUGCCUUCCUUCGUCUGAGCGUCGGCUCCGAGGUGCGCCAGGCCGACUCGACCGGGUUGAUGCUUUACCGAAUCCCAAGACUGCUGGGCGAGAUCUCGCGAGUUAUGACCUUGGAGAAGGGUGACGUGGUCUUGACUGGUACACCGAAGGGUGUCGGAGAGGUGAAGUCCGGAGAUGUGAUGAGAGCUUCCAUCGAAGUCGACGGAAAGGAGAUCGAGGAAGGCCGGAUUGAGGUUGAGGUAAAGGAUCGUGAGGGUCGUUACCUGUACGCUGAGACUUGAGCUGUUGAUGAACAAGUGAUUGUAUGAAAUUCCGGGACUAAAGAUAUAUAUACCUCAAUGCAACACUUCAUUGUCACAUCCGGAUAUGUGAUACGCGAGGUUUGACUCAUGAAUUCAUUUCAAGAAGAUCAUCUUCGUCCGCCGGUAUUAUGGGUAUCACUCUUCGCUUUUUCUUCUUCCUGUGCUUGAUCGGAGUGUUAGGCUUUGAAUCCUCCCCAGGUUUUCCCGAGCCUGCCUUCAUUCGAACGGGUGAUCUGGCCGUUUGGAACUUCGUCUCAUUGAGCUUGUUAUGCAUGAAUUCGGCCAAUACAUCCCACGACCAUCCAGCAGCAUAUAGCUUCCUUUCCAUCAUAUCUCUGGUAGCGGUGUCUUCCAGUCCAUGUACAAAGGCCUUUGCAAUCUUGCUGCUCUUGAUCCACAAAGGCAAUUGAAUUCGGGUAUCUAUGGCAUACGACCAAUAAGCCCCCAGCGGUCUCGCAUUUUGUUUGAAGAGACGACGCAAGUUCUCCUGGCCCUGCAUGAUCAUUCCGUCGGACAGGCCUAAUUGAGUACUACGUCGCCCUUCCAUCGAACUAGACCUGGAUGGCCCCCAUGUGGUCUCAGACAGUGCCUGUAAAGAAUUUCCCCGUUCUUGUGUUGAAGCAAUGACAUCUUUGGGACACGAGUCAGGAACAAGUACGUCAGACCCUACUCGAGUUAUA